AUGAGUUUACGAUCGAAGUCAAUAAGGGCACGCCAUGAUCAGAUUAGUGAAGAAGAUAACAAGAAGGGAAAGGAAAAACUAAAGUGGACAUUGAGACCUCUCUCUGGGAGUAUAUUUUUUCUACUUUUUCUUUAUCGACUAUUCAAUUCAUUAACCAUUAAGACAUUCUUUCAGGCAGAUGAAUAUUAUCAAUCGUUGGAACCGGCUCAUAAAAAUUGCUACGGCUAUGGUUACUUAACUUGGGAAUGGAGAGAAGGCUUGAGAUCCUCAAUACAUCCUAUAAUUUAUUCGUUGGGAUACCAUAUGUUGUCUUCUUUCUCAGAUAAUCCAGAGGCAGUAAUUAUAGCCCCAAAGGUCAUAGGGGCAUUACAAGCUACCAUAGCAGAGUAUUAUCUAUACCGUUUUGUUCAAUCGGUUUCUAAGAAUGAAUGUUUAUCCAAGCUUACUCUUGCAUUUUCUUUGGUUAGUCCCUUCAACUGGUAUUUUAUUACUCGUUCAUUUUCAAAUAAUCUAGAAAUGGUUUUCACUGUGAUUGGAUUGACUUACUGGCCCUGGAAUUUUGUGGUCAACAAAUACCUAUUUUUGAGUUGUGGGUUUGCCUUCUUCAGUUGCAUAAUCAGACCUACAAAUGGACUCAUUUGGAUAUAUUUAGGAUCCUAUCUUUUGUGGAAAAAUUAUCUGCUUUAUCGAAAUUUAUCAGUUAUAUUUAUGGCCCUAACUUACUUGGAGAUUGAGCUUCUACUUGUCUUAUUAAUUAGUGGAUUACUUGAUAGAGCGUUUUACAAUAGAUGGACAUUCCCUUUGUAUAAUUUUCUUGAGUUCAAUAUCUUCAGAAACCUAUCGAUAUUCUAUGGCACAGCACCCUGGCAUUUCUAUAUAUUACAAGCUUUCCCGUUAAUCUUGUUAACUUACUUGCCAUUUUUCAUACAUUCUAUCAUAGUAUUAAAAUGUUUCAAGCAUGUGCUAGGACAAAUGGUCGCCUUCGUGGUUUUAGGGUUUUCAUUAGUCGGCCAUAAAGAAAUUCGAUUCAUAUACCCUUUGCAUCCGGUUCUUCUCUAUUUCAGUGCAUGCUCCGUGAACUAUUUAGCUAGUCGAUUGAAUUUGCACAAGUUAGUACUACCAGUCGUCUUUCUCAACAUAGCGAUUGCAUUCUUUUUUACUCAAGUUCAUGAACGUGGUGUUAUAGAUGUCGUUCACUACUUGAGACUGACACCGUCAGUUGAAUCUUUUGGUUUAUUGACACCAUGCCACUCGACACCAUGGCAGAGUCAUUUACACAAUAUCACUUUUUCACAAAAUUCCUGGUUUAUAACUUGCGAGCCACCGUUGCACUUGCAAACUUCAUCAGCUGGUGCUAUAAAAUCCUACAAAGAUGAAUCAGAUCAUUUUUAUGAUAAUCCCACCAAAUUCUUACAUGAAAACUUUCCUUCAUUUGACGACCAAGACGGUAAUUCCAAAUACCAAUGGCCCUCUCAUUUAGUUUUUUUUGAACCAUUGGAGGAAACAAUGAGCGUAUUCUUCAAAGAUUCGCCGUACGAAGAAUGUACAAGAUUCUUCAAUAGCUUCUUUCAUUGGGAUGAUAGAAGAAAAGGAGAUGUAAUUGUAUAUUGCAACACUUCUUUUAUAUAA